AUAGGAUCUGAGCGUCAGUCCUGAGGCGCUUCAUUCACCUGUUGGCUCACUGUCGUGUGUUACAGUUUGAGGGACAGACAUGAAGGACCCGCACUUCACAGGAAUCAAAACAAAGCUGUGGCCAAGUCAGAGGUCUGGCAAAAAGGCCAAGGAUGAGCCUCGGAAGACGGAGAAGCCCGUCCCAGUUCAGAAGCCGCUACAGCAUGCCAUCCCGCCGCUGUCGCAGUCAGAGCGGAUGAAGCAGACGGCGUUCGAGAGGGUGGUCUACGACAUGGCCCACAACGAGAGAGUCAUCCAAGACGCCAUGAUCGGAAGAAGAGUCGGAUUCUACGAGUUGCGUGGAGAGGUCGGCCAGGGGAACUUCUCCACCGUCCGGCUGGGCAUCCACUGCUUGACCAAAGAGAGAGUAGCUGUCAAAAUCAUGGACAAGCUUCGGCUGGACAAGAAAAGCCAGCCGCUGACCUUGUCUGAGAUCAAGUGCAUGGAGAAGCUGUGUCACCCCAACGUGGUGCGUCUGUAUGAGGUGAUAGAGACCAGCAGGAAACUGUACCUGGUGAUGGAGUACGGCUCCGGGGGAGACCUGUUCUCCCGCGUGACGGUCAGGGGGAAGCUCAGCGACUUGGAGGCCAAGCUGGUUUUUGUUCAGGUCAUCUCUGCUGUCAAACACAUGCACGACAACAACAUCGUCCACCGAGACCUGAAAGCUGAGAACAUCUUCUACACCACCAGCUACUGCAUUAAGGUGGGUGAUUUCGGCUUCAGCACCGAGAGCACCCCCACCGAUGCCCUCACGAAUUUCUGUGGCUCGCCACCCUACGCUGCACCUGAACUGUUCCGAGAUAGAGGCUACAACGGACGGUACUCGGACAUCUGGGCUCUGGGAAUCCUCUUGUACUUCAUGGUGACAGCCACUCUGCCUUUCUUUGGGGACAAUCUGGGGAGGCUGAAGCGGUGCAUCCUGCAGGGGGCCUUCAGCAUCCCUGCUUACGUGCCUGAGGACUGCCAGCUGGUGAUCAAGGGCAUGCUGCGGCCGGUGCCAGUGGACCGCUCCUCCCUAACACACGUCAUUGGCAGCACCUGGUUAAACGGGCUGGAGUUUCCUCACCCCUUCUCCUUGCUGCCUCUCUCUCCGGCCCAUUUUGCGAAGCCCACCCAGGCUCUGUGUGUGGAGGAGCAGGAGGUGAAGCGGUUGCUGUCAGAGCUGGGUCUGCUGAUGGUUCAUUUUCAAAACAACCCCUGCUCUGACACCAGGAGCCCCCUCACUGGGACUUAUCGAAUCCUGCUCCAUCGAGUCCAGAAGCGGAGGUCGGUGGAAGCUGUGGGUUAUUCCACCCUGAAACCUGACAGGUGCCCCAGUUCACGACCGUCAGCUGCCAUGGACCGACACGUACCUUCUGCUGUCUGCGUGAUACUGUGACAGCUUCACUUAUGACUUACACAUGUGCCCAUUUGCUUGCUGACACUCUGAAGCAGUCUGGCUGCUGUAUUGUGCAAUCCAGGAGGGACGAGAUCUGGCUUGUACAUGGAGAGCUGCGGGUUCAAGUGGAGUCCGGCUGACAGACUGUAUCAUUUCUCUUAAGUGAUUAGUGGUGCCUUUCUGUGCAGAUUACUUUUGCGGCUUACCGUCGGAAACCUUCAUCAUUCACUGAAUCAGCAGUUUCUAAUCCUCCUUAGACAAAGCAUCAGGCAGUCGAACUAAUCCGUGGUCAGCGCCACCCAUUUAUGUUGUGACUCUACAGUGCAUCCAAACACACACUGCCACAAUGGCAGAUGACACAGGAAUGCGCUGCCCCAAAAGAACACCAGCUAUUUUGUACAAAAAAUAUUCAUUUUUAGCGUGAGCAUUCGCACACAAUCCUCUUGCUCUUGGAGAUAUUCUCUAGUAAAAUCAAGAAUAUAAUUUGGAAUGCGCUUGACUUUGUGUUUGGUCCAACUUCUGUGUGGAGUUUGCAUUGGCUUGAGUCUCAUGUCGUUGGUUUUGUGUGUGUGAGUGGUUGUCCGUCUCAAUGUGCCCUUUGCUGCUGUGGAACCCUCCCCAGAGUGUCCCCGCAGCUUCAACACCCACAGGUUAUUGCUCCAAAUUUUGCAAAAGUGAUGCCAUAUAUCAACAAUGGAAAUUUUUAUAAUAAAAUGCUCUCUUCAAAAAUGUAGCCAGAUUUAACAGUUUUGUUUUCUUCUCGGAAAUGUGUUAAAGAUUGGUUCAUGUUAGGGUCCUUGACCCAAAGGUCGAUGAGCUUGGGAGACUUCAGGGAUUGCUGAGGACUUGCUGAGUUUAAGCAUCUUCCAAAACUGCAAUGUUUCUAUUCUGGACAGGAAAGGAAAAUAAACUCAAAACAUGUGGCGACUUUAUGAGUUGUCUUCAUGCUUCUCUCGUGGCCAUGAUGUUUUAGUUGUUGCUCAAACUUUUUCUUUGUUUUCAUGAUUUCACUCAAACAAUCAUUCUUAUUUUCAGAGGCAAGUCAGCCUCCUCCUAUUUUAACCUUUCAUGAUCUCCCAUUUAACUCACACCUGAACCCCAGGCUUCUUCUUUUACCGGGUCCCUCCCUCCUAACAUGGCCACAUGUCCUCCUUUUCAGAGAUAGACCUGAACAUAAAUGCAACAUUUCAUACACGUUCAUUCCAAUUAAAUAUGGGUGACAAAAUGAAAUCCAAUUGUCUGAAAGCAAUGCCAAGUCAUGUGUCUGAUACGCUGUUGGUUGAAAACGUAAACAAACGCCCAUGUGCCAGCUUCAUGCCACCGAUGAGGGUUCCUCUCUGACUACAUCAGCCCACCAGGUCAAUGUUUAUUUAUUAUUUUUUAAACUCAAUUUUCGCAUUUUCAGAUCGUAAAUAACCUGCUUAGUGAAAAUGUGCACUUGGCAACACAGGUAUGUCGUCCGUGCUUGGAUAUAUUGAACAUUUCUUCUGAGGGAACUGAAGGAAUAGUUUUCUUUGUGUUCAGCAGUGAUUUCACGACAUGUAACUCAGAUCAAACCGUCUUGCAAUUGACAAAAAGAACCAGGAUCACUGUCAUGUUGUCAUGCAUGAAAUGUCAUUGUUUAGAAGAAAUCACAAGUGGACACAAGUAUGUUGCAAACUGUGGAAACACUCUUCAGUAUUUCCAACUGUGGAAUGAUUCAAACAGGUGAUGAUGAAUUGUAACUCAGCCUUGGAAGUGGACUGUUACAGUCAGCAUAAAACAGACUCGUGGUGCUCUUGAACAACCUCCAUUGUGAUUGUUCACCUCGGCCUCACUAAAUAAAUGUCACACUCUUCUCCACACAAUUGUAUCUACUC